GAUAUGGCAUCACUACCAUAACAACAACAAACAUGGCCGGUGUUUCCUCCACGGCGAUGCUGGUCCACACGCGCUCAUUGACCACCUCCUCUGUUGCACUAGGAAAAAGGAAUUUUAGAAAAUUCCUCAUGUAUGGGAAGCGAGGGACCAGGCAACUCAAAGAGGAAAUGAUGCAUAAACCAGAGUUACAUAGAGAGUUAGAGGAGGUCUUUGACCGAGGGGUACGACCAAUUGGAAUGAAGAUUGGAAACAAAUUUAAGAUAAUUCCAGAAAUGGUUCCUGAAAUUAUUGUUCCUGACCUGGAAGGAUUUGAGCUAAAGCCAUACGUGUCUUACAAAGUACCAGAUGUUAUACAAAGCGAAUUUGGACCACAAGAUUUAUUUUAUGCAGUAUAUAGUGAAAAGAUAACAGAAGAUUUCAAGAAUGGCAAGUUAAAUGAAGACGGCAGCCCAGUUGAACCAUCAGAGAUGGAACUCUUGACAGCAGAUGAGGCUAAGAAAAAGGCACUCUCCAUUGGGUCAGAUAUAUUUUAGGUAAAUUUUUGGAAUUGGUAAAGCAUGUCAUAUACUUUAUUUCUGAACUACUGUAUGCAAUUUAUGCCUUUCUGUGUCUUUAAUAUAGUCUAACCUCCAUUCUUGUUAUAAUGAUGUAAAAUUUUGCUCAUUCAUGUGUACAUAGUGCAGUGGGGGUGUCAAGCUCCACCUCGUAUAAUAGAAAAUUAGUUUUUAUGAUUUACAAAAUAAUUUAAUAAUAGAACCAAGAAAUUAAAGGAUACUUGUAUAAUGACUACGUACAGGAUUUAAUAAUAACUAUAGUGGGCCAUAGCUCUGCGUAAGUGAUUCAUUCCUGGACAACCUCUUAUUGUACUGACUUGAGUUUGGGGAAAAACAAAGUCGACUGGAUUCAGGAAAUUUGAGUUAUUUUCCAGACAUUUCCAAAUGCCCACUUUUUCUCAUUACCAGUAAACACCCAGUUCACCAUUAUCACUAAAUAUUCAUACCACUUUCUAUAUUCAAAUGCAGUUUUGUUUAUAUUAAAGUGCAGAAUGCUUCAGAAGAGCCAUUAUGCAAGAAUGAAAUAAAAAAAUGCAUUAAACAAGAUGUUUGUGAGGAGUCAAAGGGCUAUAUUUAGACAUCAUGCUCCAAAACAAUGUCUUGGACACAAUAAUUUUGUGCAUUGUCACAUUCUGGCACUCAUACUCUCAUGCAGGUCAAAUUUUGGUGUUAAAAGUCGAUUCACGAUCUCCAAAUGCCGUAAUAUGAACUUGCACAGAACAAGAGUCAGCUGUACAGGCAGCUAUCAAUAUAUGCUGUACAUUACACAUAGAAAUCACAAUAGUGGGAUGCAUCAAAUUAACAAAUCCACAAGGGCAAUUCUUUUAACCAUGUCGUAGCUCAGUCGAUUGAGACAAUAUCUGGGAUCCUCUCGGACGUAGGUUCGAACCCUCGUCACGGCCCUUGUGGAUUUGUUCACAUGCUGUACUUUAUUGGAGAGUAUGGCUUCAUCAGUAUGUGGCUACAGUAAUGACUUGUAUAUAAUGUUUCAAAGUGUGUGUGUGUGUUUAUUAAAAUGUCAUAUAAGUUUAGUGGGGGUUAUUAGAUGACCUGUGGGUUUCUAAUGCUUUGUCAAUAUAGUAAUGUCGGACUGUCAUACAAGCCGUAUUUCUUGUUUUACAAACGUUUUGGAUUAUAUUUUUGAAACAUUGCACCUCCCAAGUAUUCUGGACUUUAUUAGUUGAUGUUUUUGUGACUGGAAAGUGAAGGUAGUAA